AUCUAAUUCAAAUAAACAUUGUUGAUUUUGUUGUAUUUUGACUGCUCACGAAACGUCAAGUCAUUGUGAUACCGGUGAAGACGAGUACAACGCAUUUUUUUUUUCAAAUAAAAACAAUUGGGAAUCGAUCAAUAUGCAGAAAACAUUCGUAUUAGAUGAGAAAGUCAAUUUGAAUGGAUAUUCGGUGGUGUUUCCGAGCGUUUGCGUUGGGAAUGCAGCUCAAUUGGCUGUGGAUUUGCUGAUAUCAACGCUGGAAAUGAAAAAAGUGGGCACAGUUUGGCAUUCAGCCAUAAUUCCAGUGCUGGGACCGCGUGCUUUUGACCACAAGACCACUUCCGAUGCCUCAUCGCCGUCUAGCAACAUAACGACAGCCUGUGAAUUGUUUGUGUCCGAAUCAAAGCGAUUGGCAUGCUUUCAAUUGCGUUCGCCCCUCGUUGCUGGAAAACGACUCGUGGCAUUUUUCAAUGACUUGGUCACAUUUCUGAAGGAGCAACAGGUGAAAGAGAUCGUCAUUUUGACUGGAAUGUUUUCACAUGAGCAACAUGCCAUCGGAACAACGAAAUUCAUGUAUUUGGCCAACGAUCAAUACCAAGAACAACAUAUGGCACAACUGGAAAACAGUCAAUGGAUCAAAUGGAGUGAAACCAAUAACAUCAUCCAUGGUGGCGGUUUUGCGAUGAAACUCCAUAAACAAAUUGGUGAAACGGUGCCAAGCUGUAUUUUCUUCAAGUACACAGCUGAAGGUGAUAACAGAAGCGAUGCUGUGGAAAUUGUUCAACAAGUGAAUGUAUUACUCGGAGGAGUGUUGAAUAGUUCGGACAAUGGAGGCAGCUUUAAACUCACUGUACCGGUUAGUUGGCAAGCAAUGUUCGGAAAUGAUCCCACCGAACAAUUAUAUUAAGUGAAAGCAAAUAAUUUUUAAUUGUUCAUGGUACUUUGGAUAAUAAAUUUAUGGUGAAACCAAUUUAAUAGCUUGAUAUUUAUUAUAAUAAAUUUUAUUCAUAGUUAAAUCAAAUUGCAAAACUUAUGAAUCAGGUGUGAUUGGCUGUAUUUCUUUAUUGGUACUCGGUAACGAUAAGGUAUGAUGUGCAGAUUGCGAAUGCGUAUCAUUGAUCGAGCUGGAACUGCUUCCCUCCAUUGUAUUGGAGAAUACUUUAUUAAUUUCGACACUUAUUGAGGAUUCUUCUUCGCUGUCUUCACCAUCUUCUCCAUCACCAUUUCUACUAUUCAGUGCAUCCGAAUACAUUUCCGAGAGCCUUUUCUCUAACUCAUCAAAAGUUGGACGAUUUUCUGGACUUUACUCUCAACAAGACAUCAUAACACCAUACCUAUUUGAAAUUAUUGUUGUUUGACAUUCUCUUCCAUUCUUACAUUUCGUCCGUAGCCUUUUCUGGUACUUCUAAUCGAAUGCCAUCCUAUAGGUCUUCUUUCGAGAUGUUAUAUGGAUCGUCUCCUUCUUAUAACGUAAGUUGACCGAUCGACCGAUUGAACGUUUGGCACACUUGUGGCCAACCACAUAUAUGUUAUCACACCUUGUAACAUCUAGUAUAUAAGGCCCUUCAAUAAAGAUCGUCGUGGAGACGUUACUUAAACAUCAACCAAUCAACUUGUCUCACUUCUAACGUUUAUACUACAGAUUCUGAUAUUAGCUCCCAAAGUACGACACCAAAGAACCAAACAUCCGAUUUUACACUAAAUUUCAGCUCCUUUUGAUCUGGAUGCGAUUCAAUGGCCAUCCAUGGAACUGGAUCCGGAGCCUACAAAUAAGCCAAUUCUCAUUCAAAGGCAUUGUUCAUUUCUUGUCAUUCAUACCAGACGUGUGCAAGGUCAAAAAUUCUAGGGGGGUAAAAUGAUUUUGCUAGGGGGGGGGGUGUGUCUGCAAAUUUAUAAAUGGGUGUGAAAAAAAAUGAAGACCUAAAAAAAAAGGUCCUCACUUUUUAAAAUCGAUUCUAUCUUGUUUAAAAUUUUCAAAAUCCCAAAAUCCCCCCCCCCCCCCCUUCACACGUGUGAUCCAUACCCAUGAUUCUUUUGUAUAAUAAUCACUUCCGUUCAAUUUGCGUGAUAGACCCAAAUCGCCAGUUUUAACCGUUUUGUCUUCACAAAGCAUGAUGUUUCUAGCGGCUGGAUCACGAUGUAUGAUGGGAGGGUUAUUCGAAGUCAAAAAAUUCAAUUAGAAAAUAAACAAAACGUAAUUUUCAAAAUAUUUGUUUGAUGUACAAAGAAUUGUAGUCUGCACUUUUCAUUCACUAAAAAUGAUGUAAAAAUCUGAUUGAGUUUUGUUGGAAAUCAAACAAAAGAAAUAUAUUGAUCAUGUUCCAUUUCAAACAAAUGAACGAACGAAGAAACGUUUGAAGCCAUCACUAGACGUGAUGUACGAAAAAUGUCUAAGUUUUUCCAUUCAUUUUACUGUCGGAUUGAAAUUUUUCUUCGGCACUUUUGAUAACAGUUUGAAGGUCCACAAUCCACAAGUCCUGUUUGACAAAGAGAUUAAAGUCAAAAAAAUUAUUGUUGAUUUAAAACACGAUUGCAAACAAUUACUUUUCCACAUUCGAGAGGAAUCUGGCGUCAAUCUUCCAAUACUAGUACUAUUAAUUGCAGGUUCACUAUAAUCAAGCGUUUCAAUGGCAUUAGUGCAAUCUAGAUUGCAAAGGGAUCAAUAUUCAGUAGAUUAUCUUCUGAGUUAAAAUAUUGAUUUAAACAAUUACUAUGACAUUAUGUAUGAAGGGGCGUUUAUAAACAAACCGUUCUAUACUACCACGUUCAGUGUGCGUACUGAUACUCGAUGAAGCUGGGUGCCGUUAUAUACUGAGAGUGGACAAACCAAAAAAUAUGCGGAUAUUUUUUCUAUGCUAAAGCAUAUAUCUGUCGCCUGAGUCAAACUCUGCUAGAAAGUCAAUAUUUUAUUCUAAAGAUCUUUCAUUUGAAAUUGGCAUAAGAUGUAUCCAUUGCCAACAAUACGAUUUCAGUGUGAUUUGACAGCUCAUACAGGAGCGAGGUGUUCGAUUUCUUUUUUUCUUUUUCUUUAUUUCACCGUUAAACAUGUUCUGAUGCUGUCUCUGUUUCACUGAACUUGAAACCAUAAUGUCUCAUUGGCGGCAAACCAACACAUAGCACACAGUAUACAGCAAACCGAACGAUUUUUGUUAUUGUUCGCAUGGCGUCGCAGUUGCACUUUUGAAAAGAACAAA